CCUCGUCGUCCUCAACGGACUCAAAAACACGAUGGAACACUGCUAACUUCUGCAUCGAUGCUGUUCCCGGCCGCCAAUGAGCCAGACUACUGUGCUUGCGGCCAUCCGAGGUCGUUGUCGCUUCCCCUGCAAUGCCUCGCUCGCGCGGACUUCUUGUCGACCUUGACACGUCCGAGCGAGCACCACAAGAUUGUAAAACAUGCAAGACAAGACGUGUGCGCUGUGACCGAACGACGCCCUCGUGUCGAAAAUGCAGAGGUCGCCGACUUGAAUGUCCCGGAUAUCCCUCGGGCAUCCUCUUGCGGUGGACGAAUGUGGUUGCCAGCAAAGGAAGACCGAAAAGCCCACGAUCCGUUCAGCAGUCUUGCAAAGAGAGCACACCGUCGCCAACGCGACAAUCAUCCUCACCGGAUGACCCAGUUGAAGACGACAAUGGAGCGACUUUGCAAGCGCCCGUGUCUCGUUUUGUCCCCUUGGAAUUCGACUGUCCAAGUCGGCCUACAGCUUCACCGUUUGAUCUUUCCUUUUCAAGCUACUCUGCACUUGAGGGCAACACCGCGCACCGUCUGCUGCACCAUUACUCCACCAUACUCUCGUCGAAGUUACCUUGGAUUGACUCCUUCGACAAUCCGUGGCGAUCGAUUAUCCUUCCAAUGGCGAUGAACUCCCCCUCAGUCAUGUUUUCGGUCCUCUCAAUGGCAGCCGAAGAUCUCACAUCCAAACUUGACCACGUUUCCGUGCCGAACAACUUCUCCCACGAUGCAACCACCUAUCGUCAAAAAGCUAUAGAACUGCUGACAUGCGACAUGACCAGAGGCAUGACACACCGCGACCAUAGUUCGGCGAAUCCAGAAACAAUCACUAUGACGCUAGCAGCAGCACUGAUCCUGUGCAAUCUUGAAAUCAGACAGACACAUUCCACCACUUGGCACCUUCAUCUCCGCGCAGCCCACGCGAUCAUCCAGUACUGGGAGACGACAAGUCAGUCUCGCAAUCCCAUGUCCGCCACCAAUGUCUUUCUGAUUCAGAAAUUCUUCUCCAUGAAGGUCUUCGCGUCGAUGUCGACGUUUGAGGAUACGGAGGACAUCUUGACUUAUGGUCUGAAAGACCAGAGCAAUUCCGUGUUCCUCGAAUUUCUCCGGAUAAUGCAGGACAUUACCCAUGAGCAACGCCAUAAGCCUCUGAGAGGCUCUGCGGAAACCCAUCGGGAGGGACACAAGUGUCAACAGCUGCAACACAAGCUCAGUAUGGCGAGACAAACAGUGUUGAAGUGCAACGAGAUCGUGCUUGCAGAUUCUGCCACAACGAAAUGCGAUCUGGAGAAUAUUGUCGACAUGUUCUACCACGCAGGACUCAUUUACAGUCACCAGGCACUCGUGCUUCGAUGCUGCUCAGACGCGCUGUCGAAAUGGCGGAAUGAGAUUCUAUCCAAAUUUGACCUUUUGAACGAGGUGGACAGGUUCUGUCAGAACCUCGUCUGGCCGUUGUUCAUUGCUGGAACGCAAGCUUGCGCCGACGGAGAUGGGCAGCGGGCCAUCGAGGCCAACAUUCGACAAACAGUCACACUAUCGGGCCACUGGAACGGCCUGAGGGUCUUAGAUUUCCUGAAUGAGCUGUGGAGAUCAGGUCAUCCGCGAGGACUUGAUUGGAUACCCUUGGCUAAAGACUGGGCGAAAAAAGGUAACGGGUUUAUCGUCAUUUGAUCGCGGGCGCAUUCUUCCCAGGAAAUUCCACGCUGGUGGUUACUUGCUCAAUUCCCUCGAAACCUCACUUCUUCCGCACCUGCGCCACAUCUGGUGAAGAGGCUCUCCUUUUC